AUGUACAAACAUCAAACCAAAAAGGUCAAAGCUGCUUCUGGGAAGAUGUGGACCUCAAAUCUCUCCAAGAUCAGACAAUCUCUUAAAAAUGUUUACCAUAAAUGUAAGAGCCAGUAACCAGAUGCAACUAGAAAUUCAAUGAUGACUUUCCAUGGUUGUGAUCAAGAUGACAUUAGUACUGAUGAAGAGAUGAAUGUUAUAGCAAUGCUCCAAGAUAAUAAAACUGGCCGAAUUGAUCUCCUUGGGAAAAUGAUUGAUAUUGUCAGUGCAGUAGCAAAAAUCCAGAAAAAGACUGACUUUUAUCAGAAGCAUCUGGAGGCACUAGAAACGAGAAUGAAUGUUAAUGACAACAAACAAUGCACAACAACUAAAGACAUCUUCUCUAUGAAAGAAGACAUUGAUACUUUAAAGAAAAAGAUAACAGAACUGGAAAACCAGAAUUCUUGUUCCAGCACCCAUUGUUUAGAUGUUCUGGAAAGAGGUAACAAUAAAGAAGUUAUGGAACUGCUUCACAAACUCGUACAACCACAAACUUUGAAGAACACAUUGGCUUCUACAGACUCUGAAAUCUCUUCAGCAGAACCAGAGAAAAUGCCCAGUUAUUCCAAUCCCACUGAUCAUCUUGAGGAAAAAACAGUUUCUCCCAAAAUUAAAUUUCUGAAGCAAAGUAACCAUCCAAAUAUAGUAAGAAGCUUUAAAAAGGCAAAGACAAAUAUUCAUAUUUAUCCAGACUUUAGUACAUGGAUCAAGCUAACUUUUGUCCAUGGAGGAAAGUGGAGAUUUCUUCUCAGUGCUACCAAGUUAGAAGAAUUUAUCCAGUGGCUUCUUUCUAGGCCAAUCAUCCUUCCUGAAGCACCACAACUCAUAACCCAGGGACACGGUCCAUCCACUGGGCCUAUUGUGAGCUUGACCACAAUCUGUGUCUCUGUUUUCAACUACGUUUACUGUCUUUCUGGCUUUUCAAAACAGGAAAUAACUCAACAACAGAGUUAA